AUGAUACCUUAUUAUCAAAAUAAGCAGUUAAUAAGUGAGUUAAUUAUGCAAGUUUUCGUCAAAACCCUCACUGGGCAUAUUGCCCUUGAGAUUAGACCCACUGAUAUCGUAGAAAAUGUCAAAUCCGAGAUCUAUGACAGAGAAGGCAUCUCUCCCGAACACCAGCGACUAAUCUUCGAGGGAAAACAACUAGAGGAUGGACGCACUCUGUCGGAAUACAACGUUCAAAAAGAGUCUACUUUCCAUCUUGUGCUCAGUCUUCGUGGAGGUGGAAAAGGCACGAUAACUAUCGCUCCAGAUCUCGUAGUUUUGGCUCAAAAAUACAACUGUAACAAAAUGAUUUGUCGCAAGUGCUACGCGCGCCUUUACCCUCGCGCGACCAACUGCCGCAAGGACAAGUGCGGACACAACAACGACCUCCGCCCCAAGAAGAAACUCGACCAAGCCAGACUGUUU